AUGUCUGACCUUUACGCCACUAUCGAGACCCCCCAGGGUAAAUAUGAGCAGCCCUUGGGUUUGUUCAUCAACAAUGAGUUCGUCAAGGGUGCUGAGGGCAAGACCUUCGAGACCAUUAACCCCGCCACGGAGCAGCCCAUUGUUGCUGUCCACGAAGCUACUGAGAAGGAUGUCGACAUUGCCGUUGCCGCUGCUCGCAAGGCAUUCGAGGGUUCCUGGAAAGAGGUUACCCCCUCUAACCGUGGCCGUUUCCUUACUAAGCUGGCCGAUCUGAUGGAGCGUGAUAUCGAGACCCUCGCUGCUAUUGAGGCUCUUGACAACGGCAAGGCCUUCACCAUAGCCAAGAUGGAUGUAGCGAAUGCUGCCGGUUGCAUUCGCUACUAUGCUGGCUGGGCCGACAAGAUCCACGGCCAGACCAUUGACAUCAACCCUGAGACGCUCACCUACACUCGUCACGAACCCAUUGGUGUCUGCGGUCAGAUCAUUCCCUGGAACUUCCCCCUGUUGAUGUGGUCGUGGAAGAUCGGUCCUGCUGUCGCAACUGGUAACACCGUGGUCCUCAAGACCGCUGAGCAGACCCCCCUGUCCGCCCUCUAUGCGGCUAAGUUGAUCAAGGAAGCUGGCUUCCCCCCGGGCGUCAUCAACAUUAUUUCUGGCUUCGGUCGUACUGCUGGAGCUGCUAUUUCUAGCCAUAUGGACAUCGACAAGGUUGCCUUCACUGGUUCCACCCUUGUCGGCCGUAACAUCCUCCAGGCCGCCGCUAAGAGCAACCUCAAGAAGGUGACUCUCGAGCUCGGUGGGAAGUCUCCCAACAUUGUCUUUGCCGAUGCAGACAUUGAGAAUGCUUUGAAGUGGGCGUCUUUUGGAAUCUAUUUCAACCAUGGCCAGUGCUGCUGUGCGGGAUCCCGUAUUCUUGUCCACGAGUCGAUCUACGAGAAGUUCCUGGCUCGGUUCAAGGAGCGGGCAGAACAGAACAAAGUCGGCGAUCCCUUUGAUCCCCAGACAUUCCAAGGACCCCAGGUUUCGCAGCUUCAGUUCGAUCGCAUCAUGGGCUACAUUCAAGAUGGAAAGCAGUCUGGUGCAAGAGUAGUCACCGGCGGAGAACGCCUUGGUGACAAGGGGUAUUUCAUCAAACCCACUAUCUUUGCGGACGUCAACGGCGAGAUGAAGAUUGUUCGGGAGGAGAUUUUUGGCCCUGUUUGCACAGUGCAGAAAUUCAGCACCGAGGAGGAGGCCAUCAAGCUUGCUAAUAGCACAAACUAUGGUCUCGCCGCUGCUGUCCACACCACAAACGUCAAUACAGCAGUUCGUGUAUCAAACGCCAUCAAGGCCGGAACAGUUUGGGUCAACAAUUACAAUAUGAUCUAUCCCCAGGCACCAUUCGGUGGCUACAAGGAAUCUGGUCUUGGCCGUGAACUCGGCUCUUAUGCUCUUGAGAACUAUACUCAGGUCAAGACAGUGCACAUCCAAACAAGCGAUUGCCCGUUCCCUUGA